AUGUGCUACCUCUUCGGCCGAGCAACGAAGGCCGUCAGUGUGUGUCCGCCUGCCUACUAUGCCGAUCUCGUCUGCACCCGUGCUCGCUGCUACAUGAGUGAUCUGUUCGACCCAACUCCCUCUACAACUCCGACGGGUAGUGUGGCCGGUGAAAGUGAUAGUCGUGUAUCUGAGGUGAGCCAGGCAACUGUUCACCCCAGCAUCAAGGAUACCAUGUUCUACAUUUAA